AAGAAGACUUUUAUUAUAAAGGCGUUAAAAGUUGUAGCUCCGUCUAUUAAUUUAGAGGGCAAUAUAGUAUUAGACGUUGUAACUUUUAACGCCGGCCCUACUAAUUCGCUUCCUACUAAUUAUAAUACUCCUAUUAUAGCUAAUACUUUAGAGAAGGUUAGGAAGUACCUUAUUAAGGAGAACCUUAAUAAGAAGGGCGCCGCUAUAGUAUAUUUUCGGCCCUUUAACGGCUUUAUUUAG